CGAGUGUCUUUGAACGCAGCAAUAGCCUUCAGCUGUCUGGGAGCUGAGCAGCUGUCACGCUUGUGUUUGUGUGUGUAUCCAGCAAACGACACGUACUGUUAUCUUUAAGAGGCUUUGCCAGAAUGACACGCGGGCAUCAGAAGCUUCAGUCUCAGCAGAAAAAUGCCAAGAGACAGGCGGAGAUGAAGAAGGCCAAAGGGCAUGAUCAAAAGACGGCAGCCAAGGCAGCGCUGGUGUUCACCUGCUCGGUGUGCAAGUCCCAGAUGCCUGACCCAAAAACCUUCAAGCAACACUUUGAGAGCAAGCACCCGAAAUCUCCUCUGCCCCCCGAGUUAGAGGGAGUGGAGGCAUAAAUUGUCACCCUGGACACCGAACCGAUUUCCUUCAAGGCCCUGCACCAACUCUGCACUCAGUCUGACAGCAAUGGAUGAUUUGAUAUAACCAACAUGAAGCACCUAACUUCAUUUAGGCUUUAACAGGCCAGGUUGCCUUGAACACAAUGCUUCCUCCCAUCCAGUCCUAUUUUUGAUUGUGUUUAAAUACACACAGGGUAAACUUAAACGCUGGUUUUAAUUUCAGGGCAGCUGAAGAUCUGUAUGAUCCAGGAACAAUCCAAGUGGUGAAUGAAGAUUUUUCCCUUCAUUCACACAGUUUCUCUAAACAGACGCCUCACUGCCCUGAUUUAUUUCUCGCUGCUAACACCUGUACCUCUGCCUGAAGCUUUGGUGGAUUGAAUAGUCUAAUUAAACCUUUAUAGCAAACAUGACUCACGAGGUAAAUGCAUAUUGUCCUUAAACAGAGCAUGGAUUUGGCUUGGGUAGGAGAUUUCUGGUUUUAAAUUUGCUGCAAUCAAGGCAAUGAUUAAUUUGACCUCGUUUAUUUUAUCUGUGCUUGAAUCAAAAGGAGGCUGCGGUAUUUUUCUCUCAUAUCAGUUGUCACAGCACUGUCUGCCGUGUUAUACUGCAAUCUUUCAUCUAGCUAAUCUUAAAUUCUUGUCAGGUCGCUAAAAUGUGAAAUUUUGCUAGCCAUUUGCAGGCUUCUACAUGAACUGUAAGUUAAUAAAAUUUUACGGGAGCGCGUCGGCAACAUUUGUACGCUUGGAAAAUGAAUGAAUGCUCCAAUUAUGUAUUAUAGCAUUUUAUUAAAUUUUACUUUGUUGUA